UGUACCAUCGACAUUUUCAUUCGUGUGUUCAUGUUCAUGGUGAGGCAACAAACAUUUAUAAUUUUAAAAAGGAUAAUACAGCAUCGUUUUUACUAUUAAAUAGACGAUUAUUUAAUUUAUAGUAUGCACGUGUGAAUAAAUUUAAAUAAUAAUUAAUAAACAUCGUCAUUUAUAGAGUAUUUUUUUUGGAUAAUUAAGAUGCUCGUGGAUGUGUAUUAGGUGAUAACUGAUAAGAUGAUUGAAUCUAAAGCUGAUCGAGUCAACGAAUAUUCAUCAGUGAUAUAACCAAGAUUUUAAUUUAAUCAACCAACGUAAAUAUAUAAACCGAUAAAGUUUUUUUUCCGUAACAUCUGAUUUUUAAAAAAAUAAACCCUGCGAAAAUAAUUAUAAGACGGUAUAUUUUAAACUACACGCCGUUAACAAGAGUCCAGAUAUUUUCUCUCAAGUUCCUGUUAAGAUAUCAAAUUGUCGUGUGUAUAUGCGUGUGUAUCUAUAAUUUGUCACACAUCAACUGAAAAAAAUGAGCGUUAUUAUCAGACUUCAAAAUCUGGCGUGGUCUGCGAAUGCACUGGACAUUCGUCAAUUCUUCCGCGGGCUGAGCAUUCCAGAAGGUGGCGUUCACAUUGUCGGCGGCGAAUUAGGCGAUGCUUUUAUAGCUUUCAGCACUGAUGAAGAUGCACGUCAGGCGAUGAUGAACGAUGGGGGAAAGAUUAAAGAGAUGAAGAUUAAAUUAUUAUUAAGUUCUCGUACGGAAAUGCAAAAAGUUAUUGAAACAGCACGACAGCAGACAUUGUCGCUGCAAUCAUUUAUGCAGAACCCAGUAGCCGUUGGACCGGGACAGGGAGUCGCUGGUUUGAAUCAGCAGCAGCAUCUUCAUCAACAGCAGCAGCAGCAGCAGAUACUAUCAUCUCCUUUGGAAGUUAAAAAAGACCGUGAUACUAAUGACAGUGAGUCGUCAAACAAAGAUCGAAGGGAUAGACGCGAUCGUUCGAGGUCACGUGAUCGCUCUCGGUCACGCGAUCGUGAUCGCGGGCGAGAUCGCACGCGGGACCGUCGUCGUCGCGAUCGCUCUCGUUCACGUGACCGCGAUCGUGACCGACGUGAUCGCGGCAGCAGGCGCCGCAGGGAUCACUCACGUUCACGGGAUCGCACCAGGUCACGUGAUCGCGACGGCAAACGUAGUUUUGGUAAUGAUCGACGUAAUAAAGAUUCACAGCAGGAAAACGAUGAUAACAGUGAUGUCGUGUGUGUUGGUCAAUUUCCAAAAGACAAAGUUAUUCCAUCCUUGAAAAAUCUAAAUACUAAAAGACCUUCAAAUAUUGAAAACGGUAUCUGGGAAGUCCCGCCUCAGACACAAAUGCAGGCAAUGAUAAUCGCGCCAGGUAUACUUGGUGCUGGUAUUGCAGCACUUCCUCACCAAGAUCCAGAGUCUCGAGGACUAGGGCUCAAUAGUCCAGUUCUAUGCCCACCACCUCUCUUACCACCUCAAUUUUCUGGUUUAAAUAACGGCAUGCAACCUCACGGUAUCAAUAAUAUUAACAUGCCUGGUUUGAAUAAUCCUAACCUAGGACCUGGUCCAUUAAGUCGUGAUAGAAAUUCUUGGCCAGGUAACACCACCGGUGGGGGUAAUGACCAGCCCCCACGUUUGAAUGAUUUAAGAUUCCCCACACGUCCCACUAGUGGUAAUUUUGGAUCCGACAGUAAUAAUUACAAUAACAAUAAUUACAAUAAUAAUAGUAACAGUAGUAGUAGUAAUUUUAGACCUAAUCUUAGGAACAACAAUCAUUCCCUGAUGAGUAAAAUGCAAGAGCUCGACGGACGACGUAAUCCCCACGCUUUUCAGUCAUCCGCAUCAUCAAUCGGCAAUUCCGUUAGUCAUUACGACUCUUACAACAAUUUAGAUCGUUCGAAAUCUGCUAAUAGUAAUAAUAAUAAUAACCCAAGAUAUAAUAAUAAUUCUAAUGCCAAUACCAAUAGUACUAUUAAUGAUAGUAAAGGUAAUUGCGUUGAAGUACGAAAUAUGCCUUUGAAUGCCUCGUACAGCGACAUACGUCAUGCGUUUCAGGGCAUGUUCAUUAGAAAAGAUGGUCUCAAACUGAUAAAUGACACUCAUGGUAACCGUGUAGGUAUCGCGUACAUUAAAUUUAGCAAACCGGAUGGCAAAGAAUUGGCAAUGAGUACACCCCGGUACAUAAGAGGUUCUGAAGUCGAAGUAUUUCCCCUUGACGAGAGUAUAUUUGAUAAAGCAAUUGACUCUUAUAAUCCUGAUCGUGAUAAUAGUAAUAGUAUUGAUGAUUUAUCAACAGACACACUCAAUUCAUCAUGUAUUUUUAUAAACGACUUGCCGUCUUUUGCUAAAGAAAUGGACAUCGCUAAAAUGUUUCAAGAUUGGAAGAUAAAUGAUCUGUUUAUCACAUCGUCACCCUCAUUACUGUCAUCAUUAUCACCAUCAUCAUCGUCGUCGUCAUCGAAAAAAGAUUCAAGUCAGCACGGAGCGUUUGUACAGUUCGCCAAAAUUGAAGAUGCCAAGGCAUCUUUAGCUGCGUCCCUUAAAAUCGGGCCGAUACCCAUCACUGCUGUUAGUAUCUCAGAAGAAAACUUUUCAAAGGCAAAAAGAAUUCACGAACAAGAGACUUUAGGUGGUGGAGUUGCUAGUAAUAAUGGUAAUAAUAAUAGUGAUAAUGGUAAUGGUAAUACACCAGACUGUAUUAUAAUAAGAGGGCUGCCAUUUCAAACGGCAGAUCGUGACAUACUUGACUUUUUCUCAGACAUUGGUAUUGUGCCGCGUAGAAUUCACAUGAUGAUUAAUAAACACGGGACACCAAUGGGCGAAUGUUUCUGUGAAUUUGAUGCACCUGAAGAAGCGAUACGCGCACUUGCUAAAAAUGGUCUCCCGCUGGGUAAAAAUUUUCCUACUGUCGAAUUGGUGUCGCGUCAUAAAAUGCUAGACACUUUGGGUAAUCCCGAGUCUUCUGGAGCAUCGGGACAGUGGAUGGAUCCCCAACAGCAGUCAAAUUUUUCAUAUAAUUUACACGACUCGCGUUCACGAAUGCCGGGUCACCAGAUGUCUAAUUAUCACUCCCAACGAUUCAAUUCAAAUAAUAAUAAUAAUAACAAUAAUAAUAGUAGUAGUAGUAGUGGUGGAGGAUAUGGACCCAUGAGGGGAAUGCCGCCUCCACCACCACCCCCACCAGGUAUGAUGAAUUUACCUUUACGUCCUUUGGGUUCCGGCAAUAAUCCCAGCAGAUUACCCCCGUCUCUAGACUACGUCGAGGGUUUCGGCAAACCUGGUUGUGUUUUGUCACUGGAAAACGUUCCCUUCAAAGCGGACAUCAACGAAAUAAUUGAAUUCUUUGGUGACUUUGACAUAAAACGUGAGCAUGUCAUUAGACGUUACAACGAACGCGGCAUGCCGACCGGCGACGCCAGAGUUGCUUUCUCCUCACCUAGUGAAGCACAACGGGCUUUAAGAGAAUUGAGAAAUUGCAAAGUUCGUGACCGUACGAUUUAUAUGAAACUCGCGUAAAUUAAAUAAUUUAUUAUUUAUUAUCACAUUUUAUUUUAUAGUUAACUAUGCCAAUACUUGAUAAUUUUUUAUUAUUUUAAUUUUGUUUUAUAGUUAAUAAUAACUAUUUUUUUUUUUUUUCUAAGAGUUUCAAGAGACUUUUAGUUAAUUACAUUUAAUUUAUUAUUGUAAUUUGUAGACGUAAGUGUAAAUAUAUGUAGGAAAAAUUACAAUGGCAUGUGUUAAUUAUCAUUAAUUAAAAAAAUUAAACAUCCGAGAGCUUGAAGAUUUUAAAUUGUCGAUAAAGAAUUAUAUUUACUCAUUAUUUUCACUAUUGUAAUGACAGAACUCGGCGUAUUUUCUUGUUGGUACAUAAAAAAUCUUUUAUAUUUUUUUUAAUCAUUGCAUUAUCAUUAUUCAAUACACGCUUGAAUAUAUAAUUAUAAUUAUCAUUAUUUUUUUUUCAAUGAAAAAUAAAAGUCGAAUGAAUUAAUUAAUGAUUUUAUUGAAAUUGUUAUUUUUUUAGAGAUAAAAAAAAAAGUGAAAAUGUGUCAGCGUGAUUAUUAUUACUUCUAUUACAUAAAUAUAUGUAUCAGUUAAGAUAAACUGUAUAUAAAUAUACAUGUAUGCCCUAAUAUAAUAAAAAUAUGUACUCGCAAUUAUUCAGCGUAACAAAUAUGAACAAACAAGUAUGAGGGUCAAGUAUUGUAUUGUAUAUAAUCGAGUCAGCUGCUAUUUUUGGAUGAUCACUGAUUUAAUAGCAAUAAAAAUUAUUUUUUAUUUUGAUUAAUGUAUAAAAAAAAAACUAACAAAAUUGAUUAUUAAAAACGCGGUUAAAUUUAUAACGUAUGGAUAUUAAAUAUAAUUAUUAUAAGUUUUAGUUGUUACGUAAUUUAAGCUAAGUGUAUAUAUUAUUAGAAAU